UAUAAGUCUAUUUAUCAAGAGUCUGGCACGAGACGGAAUCACAAAACUGACCCUGAACGGAACGAAGACUUCACCGUAAAGCGACACGAACUGAUUCAAGCUGUGGGUAACGUGUUGUAACAUGGCAGCACCAUCGCGGCGCAAGUCUCUCUGCUCGUCACUGGUCCAGCAAAGGGAAGAAAUUGCACCGCUUUUAAAAACUGAAUUACGGGAAGGUGAGUCGUGGUAUUUAAUUUCAACUAAAUGGUUAUCGGCAUGGAAGAAAUAUGUUGGUUUUGACGACCAUGGUAGAACUGGGUUUGGUGGAUAUCCCGGAUGUAUUGAUAAUUCACCAAUACUACGAGAAGAUGGAAAACUGAAAAAGAAUAUUGUUGAGGAACUGGACUUCGUGGCUGUUCCCAGUGCAGCAUGGGAUAGAUUGAGCGCUUGGUAUGGGGUAACAGUCAAUCAGCAGCCACUGGAAAGAAAAAUUAUAAAACAAGGGGUCUUCUCAAAAACGUUCAAAGUCGAACUAUAUCUAAUGGAUUUUUAUCUGGGCUUACUAUCCCAGCCUGGAAAAGGAAUGAAAGAUGAGUUCAGUAGAACUGAUAAAAUAGGGUACAUACACUGGAAAGUGAGAAAAAUGUACAAGAUCGAUUCAAACAAGGAGACGCGAUUAUGGAAUAAGUUCAUGUCCAACACCUAUGAACAACUACGAGACCAAGACGCCACACUUCACGAAGCGAGUCUGUAUCAAGGCCAGGUCAUUUUAAUCGAAGAACGUACUCCCAGUGGCGGUUGGACAAGAAAGGAAAAAUCUGGAGGAUACACAGAAAGUUGUCUACUAAAGUACAAAAGGGAUGAAACUGUACAUACUGAUAAAUUGGCCAAUGUGGUGGACGGCCUACAAGGGGAUUUCACGACGUUUCUACAGGUUAAGCAAUCUCAGUACCAAAAAGAAGAAGACAUGCUGACGGCAAACUUCCAACGAUUCGUAGACCAGGCCAAGCUACGGUUUGAAGAAGAGGAACGGUCUCUGGCGGAGCGCGAUGAAGAGCUGAGGGAUCGAGACAAGACGCUUAGAGGGCUGGAGUCCGACUUCAGAAAGAAAUCGGACAAUCUUGAGUGCGAGUGGAAGAAACUGAAUGACGAUAAAGCAGAAUUCGCCCAGAAAGUCAAGGAGAAGGACGAGCAGUACCGAAAAGAGAGGCGGGAGUUCCGAGAGGAGUGCCGGAAACGUGAGAAAGAGCUGACGGCGAGGAAGGAUGUAGUUGAUAAAAUGGCAGAGGAGCUGGACAUCGAGAAGAAGAAUAUGGAAGAAAUUAACAGAAUACAGAAGAGCAGGAUCACACUAGACGUAGGGGGCAGCCUUUUCAAGACGUCGAUAACAACUCUUCUAAAGGACUCCGAGUCGAUGCUGGCUGUUAUGUUUAGCGGACGUCACCCAUUGAAAACAGAGGACGAUGGGAGUUACUUCAUUGACAGAGACGGCACCCAUUUUAGGCUUAUUCUGAAUUAUCUGCGUGAAGGAGAGGUCAAGGAGGGCACACUGCCAGAGGACGUACAGACAUUGAAAGAAAUCAAAAAUGAAGCGGAGUACUACCAACUGAAUGCACUAAUGAAAACAGUUGAAGACAUGAUAACACAGUUACCCUGA